CCGGGCUCGAGAGCACCAUGCCGUCCUCUCCGUUCCUCGCAUCAUCUUCACGCGUAGAGGGCCACACUCAUGUACUCCUCAUUACCACCGGCAGUGUCGCCGCGAUAAAGGCACCUCAAAUCGUAUCCGAACUACUGACCUAUCCGAACGUCUCAAUCCAGGUGGUGGCGACGAAGCCAUCUCUGACAUUUUUCAAUCAAGAGGAUAUCUGCAAACAAGAUGUGAACGUCUGGUUGGAUGAAGAUGAGUGGAGGCCAGACUACCGCAUUGGGGAUCCCAUAUUGCACAUAGAACUCCGUCGGUGGGCAGACAUUGUGCUUAUUGCGCCUUGCUCUGCAAAUACCAUAGCGAAGAUAGCAAAUGGUAUCUGCGAUAAUGUGGUCACAUCUCUUCUCCGAGCACUGGCACCCACAACACCAACUUACGUCUUCCCCGCGAUGAACACACUCAUGUAUGAACACCCACUUACAGAGCAACAUCUCCGCGUCGUACGGGAUGUCAUUGGCUACACCGUCUUGGGGCCUAUAUCGAAAGGCCUUGCAUGUGGGGAUGUUGGGGUAGGCGCCAUGUACGAAUGGCUCGACAUCGUCAAUGUUGUGGUGGAGAGGUUCAAUCUCAGGAAACAGUAGUAGUAUGCGUGAUUACGAGGUGACGACCUCCUAUUAUUGAGAUGGAGAUGCAACCCUCAGAGUGGCAGUGGUUAUGGCCGAAUAAUAUUUCUCGAAAUGGCUGGUUAUACGGACCCG